AUGUUGUUUCUCAUUGAUGUCCUUUGGGGUUUAGGGCAAUUGAAAAAUUGCAUCACAGUGCAGAGCCAAGUUGCUGAAGCUCGGAACAAGCGCUUUGGCCCUGCUCACCGUGAGACUGUUCAGGCUAUGGCGAAAUUGGCUCAUUCAUCCUGGUUAAAUGGCCGAUAUGCUGAGUCUCUUCGCGUGCUGGAAGGGACUGCAAGAGCUUCAGGGGAGGCAUUGGGUCCUGAAGACCCCGAUACAUUGGCCGCCCUGGAUCACCUUGGAGUAACCUUGGGUUCAUGGCAGAAGCGAGGCCAACUCGUAGACUCUAACGACCAUGAGCAAUUUGGCGAUGGCCCUUGUACGAAAUGCGUUAAGGAAAAGCAGGGUAAGGAACAUCCGUACACCUUGUGGGCGCUCUGCUACCUUUCAAAGAACCUCGGUGAAACGGAGGAUAUGCUUGUGGGUGGGAUUGCAGCAGGCAAACGUAGCCUUGGUGAUGAGCACCUGGUGCUUAAUGGGAUGGAUGUGGGGAGCUUGAACGGAUAUACGCACGGCAAGGGCGCCUAG